AAAUGUUUCUUAGUUGGUGGGCACGUUUUUGUAAUUUCAUUACAUAAAUACAUCAUCAAACGUACAUUCAGUAUGUACGCCUUCCUCCGACGCUUGGCGGGGGCCCCCACCAGUAUUAGCCCUUUAAGAAGCUACGCAUCCCUGACGCCUAGAGAUGUCUUGCGAAACACCUCGGAUGAGACCGGCACCUUGUUCACUCGGUUCGCCAAGCACAUUGCUCUGGAGCGGCACAGGGAUCGGGAACACGUGCUACCCAAAACGACAGUCCGCUACGCCGACUUCUUCCCCAUCACAGACGAUCACCACUUCCAUCGAUCUGUUCAACAAACCGAUGCCUCACAACUGCCCGCCCUGAUCAUUCUGGCCUCCAGCUAUAAGUCCAACGCCGCUGUACCCAUGUAUGUGGCCGCUCUGAAUGCUUUGGAUGCUCGGGCUGAAAGUCAGUUGAAGAAAAUGGACACCAACACUGUGCUGGAAACGCUAUACUCAUUCCUCUUCCUUAUGCCCGGGUGGAUGAAGCGGAUGGACUUCUUUCAGGCAGCCGUUCAGCGUUUGGCCAAGGAGAACUACAGCGACAACAAGGAACGAUUCGUUCAAGUGUGCUUUUAUCUAGGGCUGCAAAAAAAGCAGGCGCAUCUUACAAGUGACUUCCAGGAGCUGUUAGAAAACCAGCUCCAGGGCCACUUAGCCGCCUUGAGUGAACUGGAUCUUGCUGUGAUCAGCAAUGCCGCUUACAAAACUUCUACUGUGGUCACUGGCGAAGCCAGAAAGCCGUAUGAAUCAGCACUGGUCGAUGCCGUUUUAAAUUUGGAGCUUACUGAAGAAAAUGGUGCCCUUCUGAUCUCCUUUGUGAAGGCCUUAAGGCUGCAACGAGUAAUGGACGAACGUGUAUGCCUUUAUCUGCAGGAUAUUUGCUUGGAUCCUAACAAGCUUGCUCUGAUUGAACCGCGCGGCUUGGCCCACAUAUUUUCGUUCUUUGCUGAGCAGCUUUGGGACCAAAAGGAGUGCCUUAAUGUCCUGAUUGAAAAGCUGAUGAACGAACUUAAGCCGGGCCAACUGCGAGCCAAGGAUUUGGCCACAUUUUUGUGGGCCAGCGCCCAACUAGAUUGUGAAUUAUCGCCGCAACAUAUCCGGCAAGUUGAGCUGGCCGCCCUCCGAAAACUCGAUCACGGGGAGUACGACUACUUCCCAGACAAUCUGGUGGACACCUGCCUUUCCCUGUGCACUUUGGGACACUACUCCAAAGAUCUGAUCGAUGCAGCUGAAAAACUGAAGGCUGCCCAACGCCAGACACGAGCCCAACCCAAAGUGGACAGCCGUUUGACUGUCCUGCGGUCUGCUGUUGCCAUCGAGCAACCAUCAAUAGCGAGUCACAAAACAGAAAAAGCCUUCAAGGAAUUCGAGCGAGCACCGACUUAUCUACUAAGGGAACGCACAGACUUAAGGAAGUAUGCCCUGGACCUGGGUCAAGAUUCUGAAGUAGAGGGUGUGGAUUUGGUCUGUCCCAUCAGCGGCAUUAAUCUGCCAAGUUUGCGAGUUCAAACGAUGGGAGAUCAGGCCACUGUGUAUUUUGUUGAACUUCUCACCGAGAAUCAAACACUGAAAUUCAGUAAGAAGCCAACAUCGUUAUUGCGUCUGAAGAAAAGGCUCCUGGAAUCGCUGGGACAUAAGGUAGUGGUGCUUAACUCUACAGAAAUGGCCACUAAUGCCAAAGAACUGCAACAGCUACUGAACCCAGUGGCAGAAGCAGCGGCAGCGGACGACGACUCCAAAAUUGUUCAAGGUGUGAGCAACUGAUUCCUGUGAUAAAAAGUGGGUGCUUUCUAGGGUAGUUACAAAAAAUCGUAGCUUUAUUUAACAAUGUUUUGUGUACUUGUACAUAAUAUUAUUUUUAAAUAUUAAUAGCACUAAACAUAAUGUUCAACAAGUAA